AUGCGAGUUUCCAGUCGGCAGAAACUCGAUGAACUAUCCAAGAAUCAGAAGGUAGUGGAGCGAUUAAAUUUGUCGCCCAUUGCUCAUUUACCGCUCCAGGCAUUUUGUCGCGAAAUCCUGCUGCUGCACGGCCUCAACCAUCCAAACAUAUCCGGACUUAUAGGCGUCGACCGCGAACUCUUUGGACACUUCUGCCUGGUGACCGAGUGGAUGCCAUAUGGAAAUAUUAUGGAGUUUAUUGCGACCAACUCCUUUGUCCUCGGCGAGUUAAUCCAGGUGCAGGUAAUAGAGAUAGCCUCCGCUCUGGCAUACCUGCACGGUGAAAAUGUGGCACACGGAAAUUUGCACGUGGGAAAUAUUCUCAUCGACGCCGGUCGGCAUGUUCGCUUGACAGAUUUCGGUCUAUCGGAUUCUUGUGAUGCAUCUUCUGCUAACGCUAGCUCUGCUUCCACCGGCGCGAUCCGGUAUAUGGCACCAGAGAUCUUGCAUCCAGAGAAAUACGGUCUACGAUAUGUCCGCCACACCCCCGAAAGCGAUGUCCAUUCGUUCGCAAUGUGUGUAUGGGCGGCUUUCAACGGCGACUCACCCUUUCACGAUUUUCCGGCGGUCGUAGCUUCAUUAUCGAUCAUCAGCGGCAAGCGGCCUCCCGUACACACAGCUAGUCACGACCUUCCAUCACCGCUGUGGUCCUUGUUAACCCUCUGCUGGCAAGAGAGGGCGGUAAAUAGACCUAGC